CAAGCUGCCCCUGUGGCUCUCAUCUCCCAUCACCCGUGUCCAAGCUUUAAGACACGCCACUCCUGAAGUACCGCACGUUCAGUUCAGGCAACAGAGCAGCAGCACAGGCGUCGCCAUGGCCUCCCAGCUCUCCGCCGCCGCUUCCAUGUCCGCCGCCGUGCCGCAGUUCCACGGCCUCCGGGGCCGGUCCGUGGCGGCGCUGCCGCCGGUGAGGGCCGGCAGGAAGCGCGCGCAGGGCAUGCGGUGCGACUACAUCGGCUCGGCCACCAACCAGAUCAUGGUGGUGUCGACGACGCUGAUGCUGGUGGCGGGGCGGUUCGGGCUGGCGCCGUCGGCGAACCGGAAGGCGACAGCGGGGCUGAAGCUCGAGUCCCGCGACUCCGGCCUGCAGACCGGCGACCCCGCCGGGUUCACGCUCGCCGACACGCUGGCCUGCGGCGCCGUCGGCCACAUCAUCGGCGUCGGCAUCGUGCUCGGGCUCAAGAACACCGGCGCGCUCGACCAGAUCAUCGGCUAGGUCCAGUGUCUGCCUUUGCCGCUCUCGGCGCCGGCCCGGUGCCCAUGUAACCUGCGUGUGUACAUCGACUCCGCGCUCAUGCAUCUCGUUCCAAUGGACAUAGCUUGUUUGUUGCUCCUUUGGCCCCAGAGUUAUCAGGUUCACGUUCUUACAUUC